AUGACGCUUCAGAAGUCUUACUCUGAACGUAUAGGCAAUUCGACCAACCGCAGUCCGUGGCAGAGAUCUCAUAGCCAUCCCGCAAAGCUAAACGGGCAAGAAACACGAAACCUCCCACCAGUCUCUGAAGUGACCAAGACGAAACUGAACCAGUUUCAGUACAAAGACGGUGGAAACGAGGCUUCGAAUUUGGCAGAACGACGCGCCGAGGAUACGCCUAUCGAAACCGAAACUGGUUUGGAUCGCUUGACUCCCGCCGAGGGCGACGCCGUGACGCCCGUGACGCGACUGGAUUGGAGGGACCUGCUCGAGCCGAACGCCGCGCCGGUAGAGAACCUGAGCGAUGCUUCACCGAGCGAUAAACUACUAUGGAACAACCAGCAAGAUGUCCUCUACGCUGCAGCGCUCUCCCCCAUGUUGCUCCGAAAGGGCAAGAAGCGCGCCAGGAGCUCGUCCCCCACUUCCUCGCCAUUGACCGACAAGGCGCAUGCUCCAGCGGUCAAUGUCAAAAACUUGGCAAAGGCCUUGAGAUCUCCACAUGCUGAUCCAGCUUUGGAGCUCUGGGACCGGUACUCCAUGACUGGACUGGAGAACACGAAAACUCCGACAGGCGCCGUGAACCCUGCAUUGGCGCAGCUUAUGAUCUCUUCUUCACCGAAACACGUCAAAGACAUGUCAGCUCCCCGAAAUGACGCCAGCUUGCGACGAGCGGUCAGCUGCGGCCUAAACUGGCCGAAACGGAGAAAGGUGGAACGACCCAAAUCUGCGAGUCAAAACAGUAGCCAGCAACGAGAAAUGGAGGCAGCGUCCAAAUCCUCUUUGGUCACGGCCCUAUUGGAUACAGUCACCAGCAGCUUCCAUGAAUCGAGUCCUGGCCAUACUAUAGAGAAUCCGGUGCUAUCACCGUCACCAAAGAAACGAAGAAAGUCACCGAAAAUAGAGAGUCCAUGUCGAACCACGGCAACAGCAACAGCAACAGCACCAGCACCGGCACUAGCACCUCCACCGUCAUCUGAUUAUGGCGAUGACGACUUCGAUGAUCAUGCAUUUAUGGAACUGGAAGCAAGCCUGCAACUCACAGGCCCAUCAAAAACUCCGAAGCCCGAGAUCGAUGAAGCUAGGAUGCUCGAUUUCACAAAGGGACGCAAAACCAUGAAUGUUGCUGAGGACAUGAACAAUCUCAAAGAAACUGUACUGAAUAACGCUGCACUGCCCUGGGAAACAAGCCCAGUCACCGCUACGCCUGGGAAGCCAACUAAGUCGCGGGAGGGCGAACUCGAUGCCGUACCCGACGAUGAGUUUGGUGACGAUUUCGAUGGCGACAUUGACUUCGACGCGGUGGAAUUAGCCGCGACUCAAUCUGCUCGUCGCGUGGAACCACCGCCUGUAAUUAGCAAACAGAGGACCAAAGUAAUUCAACGAUACUUAGUGACGAGUGUUUUAGAAGGCGACUUCAUCGACAAGCAUGGAGUAUCACGACCCGAGAAGAUUCUCAUCCUUCAACUCGAUCGUUCCAAAAUCACGCGAACAGUACACCUCCGGGGUGCUUGGUUUGAGACACCAGCCCGCACUGAUUCCUAUGUGCAUGUUAUUGGCACAUUCUCAUCGCGCGGACAAUGCAUUAUUGAUGAUUCCAAGAAUCUUUUAAUCUUGCAUCCUGAUCAAUUAAUAUCAGCCACGGUUGUGGCCGAUUCGUUUGGAUGUUUACGUCGAGCAGUGCUUCAAGAUCGUGUAAAAGCAACAAGCGAGGCUUCGCCGCCUCUUGUUUACGGCACAAUGCUCCAUGAAAUCUUCCAGGAGGCACUUUUGGCGAACUCAUGGGAUCUGCCGUUCCUUGCUAGAAUUAUUGAUCAGAUUGUUCAGAAACAUGUGGAGGACUUGUACACCAUCAAAGUCGGCUUGCCUACUGCCAGAGAGCAUCUCCAGUCAAAAAUGACGGAGUUGAGUUCUUGGGCCAAACGCUUUGUUUCAUCAAAGCCGCAGGCUGAUGCAGUUGUGGAAGACCGAAACGGGAAGAAGGCGAACUUGGCCAUUACGAAAUUGCUUGAUGUCGAGGAGCACGUCUGGUCGCCAAUGUAUGGGCUGAAAGGCAACAUUGACGCCACUGUCGAGGUAGCCAUGACCGAUGGCAAGCAGACCCGAACUUUGGCGGUACCGUUCGAGGUCAAAACCGGCAAAAACGCCAACAGUAGUCACAUGGCACAGACAGCACUCUAUACCUUGCUGUUGUCUGACCGCUACGACAUUGAUAUCGCAUACGGGGUUUUAUACUACAUGGAAACUUCCAAGACGAUGCGGAUUCCCGCCGUCCAACACGAGCUGCGACACAUGAUAAUGCAACGAAAUGAGUUGGCGUGCCAUGUCCGAGAAAGGAGUGUACAGUUGCCUCCAAUGUUGCAGAAUAAACACAUAUGCGGCAAGUGCUACGCGAAAACCUCAUGUUUCACGUAUCAUCGCUUGGCAGACAAUGGCGAUGGCGAGACGAGCGGCAUGAGGGACAAGUUCGACGAGCUCGUUGGACAUUUAACCCAAGCGCAUCGGGAUUUCUUCAUUAAAUGGGAGAAUCUCCUCACCAAGGAAGAGAAGGAGAGUCAAAAAACGAAGCGGGAGCUUUGGACCAUGACGAGCACUGAGCGUGAGAAACGUUCCCGGUGCUUUUCUGAUGUCAUCAUCGAGCAAGGAUCUGUUUCCGUCGACACCAACAACCCUCGCAUCAACCGGUUUCAUUACACUUUCAUCAAGCGAAAUCAUCAAGCCGGCUUCUCCUUUAUGGAAUCAGAACUCCAUGCUGGCGAGCCCGUGGUCGUGUCGGACGAGGAUGGUCAUUAUGCACUGGCAAUCGGGUAUGUCACAGCAGCUAGAAAACAAAGCAUCAGCGUCGCGGUGGACAGGCGGCUGCACAAUUCCCGGGUGAGGCAAGCCGGUUUCCACGAGGUGGACAACCAGGUGUUUGCCAGCAUCAUGGACGUGGCCCCAGAAGGCGCGACGCAAGAUGAAGGGCGAGGCAAAAUAAAGGAGCCUCCCAUUCGCUUUCGUCUAGAUCAAGAUGAGUUCAGCAACGGCAUGGCGACUGUCCGAAACAACCUGAUCCAGAUGAUGGCCAACGACGUGGCCACGGCUCCCCAACUACGCCGACUGGUUAUCGAUUUGGCUCCUCCGAGAUUCAAGACAGCCUCAACCCAGUACGCAGUCGCGGGCGGCGAAAGCCUCAACAUUGAUCAAGUACGCGCCAUUGAGAAGGUCAUGAGCACCCGAGAUUAUUCCCUGGUGCUUGGGAUGCCUGGCACUGGCAAGACAACAACGAUUGCACACAUCAUUCGUGCUUUGGCGUCCCAGGGCAAGACUGUGCUUCUGACAUCACACACUCACACGGCAGUUGACAACAUCUUGCUCAAGUUGAAGUCGGAUAAGCUUGCCAUUCUUCGACUCGGGGCACCAGCCAAAGUGCAUCCAGAUGUUCAGAGCUUUGUCCACCUGGCCGGACAGCCCAAGAACACCUUUGAAGAGAUCAAGGAAGCUUGGCACAACACGCCGAUUGUGGCGACGACUUGUCUCGGCAUCAACCAUCCCGUGUUUCUUGAAAGGUCGUUUGACUACUGCAUCGUGGAUGAGGCGUCGCAAAUUACUUUGCCCAUCUGCGCUGGUCCAAUUCGCAUGGCGCGCUCCUUUGUCCUGGUGGGAGACCACAAUCAACUGCCUCCAGUAGUGCGAAACGAGGAGGCUCGUGAAGGCGGGCUGGACGUGAGCUUGUUCAAGCUUCUUUCCGAUUCUCACCCGGAAGCCGUUGUAAACCUGGAACAUCAGUAUCGGAUGUGCGAAGACAUCAUGGCGUUGAGCAACACGUUGAUUUACGACGGCAAGCUUCGGUGUGGAACUGAAGCGCUCAAAAAGAAGAAGCUUCACAUUCCAGACAUGGCUGCUCUCUCCGGGAUCCAUUACGGCGCGUCUUGGCCAAGUCUUGGCGUUACCCCACGAUCGUUUUGCAUCGGCCCUGGACCAUCGCGCUGCUGGCUGUACGACCUGCUGGAAAGCGAGGCUCGUGUUCGUUUCGUCAACACCGACACCAUCCGCCCAGCGGUGCAGGAGGAAGCGCAGGGCAAGCGGAUCGUGAAUCCUGCCGAGGUACGGGUCGUGUCACAGCUGGUGGACAGCCUUGUCACGGUGGGAAUCGCGGCGUCGGAAAUCGGCGUCAUGACGCACUACCGAGCGCAGCUGUUCCUGCUGAAGGACAAGCUGAAGAACCACCCGGGGGUUGAGAUGCACACCACUGAUCGCUUUCAGGGGCGAGACAAGGAGGUUGUGGUGUUGAGCCUGGUCCGAAGCAACGAAGCAUGCAACAUCGGGGACCUGCUCAAGGAUUGGAGGAGAAUCAACGUCGCCUUCACGCGGGCCAAGACGAAGCUGCUUGUCGUGGGCAGCAUGAAGACGCUGAAGCACAGCGGAAAGGAGAACAUGCUCAGCCGGUUCAUCACGCUGAUGGAGGAGCGAGACUGGAUAUACGACCUGCCGGGCGAUGCGAUGGAGAGCCACCGGUUUGAAGAACUACGCACACCAACGACUACCGCGCCCACGACUGCCGCACCGACGCCAAAGCCCAAGUCUCCGGGAAAGGCGUGGCGGAGGGGGCCGACGAGCCCUGUGGACAAGGAGAAUGUCCGACCCGCCGCACGCAAGACGGCGAGAAUCGGGCAAAGAGCGCUCCUGAAAGGGAGACUGGUCACGCGGGAUAUUCUAAACGAAAUGACGAACGGCGCAUAUAUGGAUGUCUAG